GACGGCUUCUGCAGAAGUGCACAAAAGUCAAGACCUAAUUCACAUCAGUCCACUUUGAUGUACCACAUCACACCUCCAUCAUCGGCACCAUGAGGACCAGGGACAUCGUCCUGCUCUGCUUUGUGACUGCGGCUCUGCUCUGCGGCGCCACCGGCAUCUCUGUCGCACCAAGUUCUUGCUGCUUUGACUUCACCGAGGAUGUGGUCCCCAAGCAUCGUGUCACCGCCUAUCGGAUGACGGACAUUCGUUGCGCGAAAUCCGGCAUCAUAUUGACCACUGUAAAGGGUAAGCGCCUGUGUGUCGGCAAGGAAAAGCCUUGGGUGCAGAGAAUCAUAAGACACGUGGAUGAAAGGAACCUGUGAGGAGACCACUCGCUGUCGAGGCGCUGCUUCACUUCAAUGUUGAAUUAUCCUUCAUUUUCCCCUGUUUGGCAUCAGUGCGCAAACUCUUAAAAUAAA